GUAGUAAAUUAAUUUUUCAUAUUAAUACAAUUUUGUUUUCUUGUUGGUUCAACAUAAGUUUUUUAUUUUUUAUUUUUUUACAACUAAUAACAUACUCCUUCUUGAUCAGUCCAAUAUCUUCACCGAACUCUACGCCAUCACUCUCUCCUUCCAUGUGGGUAAACCUUGAAGAGCUUCGUGUCCCUUCAGGUGUGUUCGUCAAUGGCGGCCCUUUACCUUGUUUAUCUCACAUCAAAAGGCGCAAAGUUUCUCUCCAUCCUAUACAAAAUCUCGCACAAAACCCGAUGCAAAUCAAUGGGUCGACUCUGUUUUCUGAUUUUUCUGUGUACAUUUCUCGAGUUUUAUAAGAGGGUGAUUUUCCUAUCAAUUUCUGGUUUAUUUUUCUUGAUGGAUUGUGCUUCUAAUUUGAAGCUUUUACUGAGUAAUUUCGAUGAUUUUGGAUGUGGGUUUUUGAUUUUUGGGUGUUUUCCCAAGAUUUUCAAUGUUUUUGCGCUGUUCUUUGUGUUUUUUCUAGGGUUUAUGGUCUUACAAUUUAGUGGGAAUUGCAAAAUUAGGGGGAAAUCGAGUGAGGAGAGAAAACAGUUUUCACUGAUUUGUUCUAGCAAUGAUGAAAUGAAAGGUUUUAAGAAGAUGUCUUUUGAGAAUGGGACCACUAAGAAGAUGUCCAGGGUUUCAAGUGGGGACCAGAAAUUGGAGGAAAUCGAUGAAAUUAUGAGUUUAAAUUGUGGGUUUCAUGAUUGUGUUGGUAGAAAUGGUGAAGAAAAGGAGGACUGGAAGGAAUGCUGUCAUGAAGACCAAGUGUUCGAUGUUAUUACUCUGAGAAAAAUGGUGAAAGUUCAGAGACAAAGGGGAUAUGUUGCUCAAAAUGAGCUAGACAAGGAGAGAAUGGCAGCUGCGUCCGCUGUGGACGAGGCCAUGGCUAUGAUAUUGCGGCUUCAGAAUGAGAAGAGUGUGCUUCAAAUGCAGGUUAACCAGUUGCAGAGAGUUUCUGAGGAGAAGCAGUUACAUGAUCAAGAGGUUAUUCAGUCACUUCAAUGGAUUAUAAUGAAACACGAAUCUGAAAGGAGUAUAUUGGAGGAUCAAUUGAGGAUGUGUAGGGGAAAAUUGAAGUUGUUUAUGAAAGAUGAAGAGUGGGAUCAUUUUGAUAGUGUUUGUCCCACUCCAACUGCUACUCAAUCAUCAUUUGAGUGUAGGGAUGAUGAUUUGCUUAUUGGCUCGCUCGACUUUGAAUCGUUGCCAUACUCUCCAUUGUAAGUUCUGGUGUCUCAGCUUAUUUUUUGAUUUCUGUUGCUAAUUGUAAUUGGAGUCCCCAACGAAGAUUUUGGAAGACCUCUGUAAGUAUUCUUAGUUGAUUACACAGCUUGUUCAUGUUGUUUCAUGUAAAAGAAAUUGGAAUCAAGUUACACUUUUUUGGUUGAAUAAAAUUUUGAUUACUGUUGUCAACAGCUUAUUUGCUA